GCUGCUUCUGACGUUUUGUGAUAAAGUGCAAAUUUUUGCCGAAAGGCGAAAAAUAGUGAAAGUUAAAUUUGUUCAGAACUUAAUUUUGGAUGAUAUCCAUCAACUUCGGUCGUUUCCUGUGAAUGUAAUGUGAUAUCCGGUUAGAACCACUGGAGUCAGCUGAAACAUAGCAUUCCUUAGGCGCAGAAAUUUCGCCUUAAAAUGUCUGCUGAAUCUGCAGUGUAUGAAGCGCUGGUCUACGCCUGUAGCCAGGAUGCUCAGAUGUUGAAACCAGCAGAGGAAAAGCUGGCGGAAUGGGAAACGCAGCCCGGAUUUCAUCUGACUUUGGUUAAACUGUUCUCGGACCAAUCCAUCGAUGCCAAUGUGCGUUGGAUGGCCUCCCUCUACUUCAAGAAUGGUGUGCUGAAGUAUUGGAGAAAGAACGCUCCAAAUACAAUUGCGGUUGAAGAGAAAACGGAAAUCAAGAAAAUGUUGCUUCUCAGAUUUAACGAGCCGGUCCAACAGAUCGCGGUGCAGAUUGCCGUUCUGAUAGCUAACAUCUCCCGAUUCGAUAGCCAACAAGAGUGGGCCGAGUUGGUGCCGACCCUGGUCGAAGUGGUCCAAAGCAGCGACCAAUUGGUGCAGCAUCGGGGUUUGUUGGUGCUACUACAUGUGGUAAAAGUUCUCUCCUCCAAAAGACUACAUCGCGAUCGAAUUUAUUUUGAGGACCUCACUUCCAAGCUGUUUGAUUUCACCCUGAAUGCUUGGGAUGGUUUCACACAGCUCUUCUACACCAACAUUCAGGAGCAAGCUUCGCUCGACAUCUGUGCCACCAAUCUGGAAAAAGCUAUCAUUUCCCUGCGAAUACUGAAAAAGCUAACCAUCUACGGGGUCCCUGGCCCGCAUCAAUCUCCGAAAUGCAUGAUGUUUGUCCGGGUAGUUUUUCAAAGGUUGCGGGAGCUAUUGGAUUGUCGGAUACGGAUCAGCGAAAUCGAGAAACAGAUUACUGGUAGCAAGUUAUCGGAGCAGGUGGAAAAAUUCAUCAUCAAACAUAUGAAGUUUUUGAAUCUGUUUUUCGAAAACCAUCCGGCUUCGUUCGUUGAUUUUAUACCGGUUGCUUUCGAAUUUUCCUUUCACUACGUUUUCCACGAAGGAACGAACCUCAUUUUUGUGGACAAUGUUAUUACGUUUCCGAAUUUUGCGAUUCAGUGUUUGAAUCUGAUCAAAGGUAUACUGUCCCACAACCUGAUACAUGUGGAUAAUGACAAAGAGCAAAUAAUCAACAAAGCAAAAGAUGAUUUUUUCACCCCGGAACGGUUGAGUUACAUAUUUGAGAAAAUUAUUAUGCACUACUUUCUGCUGACUUCCGAAGAGUUCGAACUGUGGGAUAGUGAUCCGGAAAGCUAUGUCCUCGACGAAGGUGGAGAUUCAUGGAAAUACAACCUGAGGUGCUGUACCGAGGCGUUCUACAUGAUCAUGUUCCAGAAGUACAGUCCGAUGUUGAUAGUGGAGUUGCAAAAGUACAUCGCCAAAUCGCAAUCGCUGACCCUGACGGAAUCGUCCGAUAUCAGUGAUUUGUUAAUCAAAGAUUCCAUCUACAAUGCAACGGGUUUGGCCGUGUUCAAUCUUUUCGAUGAGAUCAAUUUUGACGAGUGGUUUACCAAGCAACUGCUGGAAGAGUUGAAGUUCAAGUCCCACAAUUUCCGUAUUAUCCGCAAGCGUAUAAUUUGGUUGAUUGGGCAAUGGACAGGAGUUAGGUUCUCAAAAUCCUUAAGACCGGAAGUAUACCGUGCUUGUCUUGAGCUGUUGCAUCCUACCGAAGACCUGGUCGUUCGCUUAACAGCUUCGAAAACGCUCAAAAAUAUCAUGGAUGAUUUCGAGUUUGAUGCGGAUCAGUUUUUGGAAUUUCUGGAACCGGCCGUCGCCCUUCUGUUCGCCCUACUGAAGGAAGCCAGCGAAUGUGAUACCAAAAUGACCGUGCUGUACGUGAUGUCAUUCAUCAUCGAGAAAAUGUCGAUGUCAAUGAAGCUCGAAGUUGGAAACCUGGUCCAGUAUCUUCCGCUGCUGUGGCAAGAAAGUCGGGAACAUAACAUGCUGAGGUGUGCCAUCAUUUCAACGCUGCUACAAAUAAUCAAAGCUUUGUAUGAAAUUCCUGCUUCGGAGCAGAUUGUUGCAUUUAUCUACCAAAUUAUCGAAAUGAGUACAAACAUCAAUGAGCCCUCCCACGUCUACCUGCUAGACGAAGGCUUAGAACUCUGGUUGAUAGUGGUUCAGUAUAGCAGAGCGAUGAAUCAUGAUCUGUUGAAACUGUGCGAAAAUUUGCUACCUCUUAUCGAACAAUCUUCAAGCAAUCUGAGAACUUGUUUGGCCAUUACUCAAACCUAUGUCUUCCUCUGUCCGGACGCGUUCCUUCCCAAAUACGGCCGAGAGAUUGUAAAAACUUGUCAUUACCUGCUGUCGGAUUUGCGCCAAGAAGGUGUGAUUGUGAUCUACCGAUUGUUCCUUACCAUUCUUAGGGUGGCUCCCAAGUACUCGAUCGAUUUGCUGCGACCAUACUUGGUGGAAGUUUUCAGGAAAUAUGCGGAACACAAUGGUUUUCUGCCUAUCAACCAAGUUUACCUUCAGAUGAUUGCACGCGUAUUGCUGCUAGAUCCGGUGACUUUCAGCACGAUCCUGAAUGAAAUGGAGGUCCCCAAUGCCUUAGACCGUAUACUGACUACGUGGCUGGACGAGAUGCGAACGGUGGCGCGCAAAAACGAACGGAAAUUGCUAGCCCUAGCGCUGACCAGUCUGAUAACAGCUCCUAGCGAUUUCGUUUUCGAAAACAUUUCAGGAAUCUUGUGUAACCUAAGCGAAACUCUCAAUGACAUCACAAACGAAGAUGAGCAAACCGGAGUUAAAUCGGACUCUCUGAUUCUUAAUGACGAAAAUGAGGAAGAAAUCGGAAUGAUGAUGUUCGGGUAUAACUUUAACGACGCAGAAAAUAUGCAAAACGAAACUCCUCACUACGAUCGAUGUAAAGCUGUAUGUUUGCAGGACCCCACGCAUGUUAUUGUAUUGAAAGAUUAUCUUCAAAGUCAGUUGAUAGCCUUAAAAUCAAACAUCGGUCACGAUCGCUAUCAGACGUUACUAUCGGGGGUGGAUAUGCAGAUUCUCCAAGAACUAAGCGAAUUUGUUUCCUUGGGAAUCCAAAUGCCUGUACAAAAUCUACAGUAGGUUAACGUGCAUCGAGAACUAAAAAUUGGCGGCCUUUUUUUAAA